AUGACUGAUGCGGUGUCCAUCCACGCGAAGAAGAAGACGUGGGAGAAGUUGGCCGACGAAUUUGACAGUCGCCACAACGUGCGGCCACGAACGUCCACGCAAUUAAAAAAGUGCUGGGACAACCUAAAAGAAAAGUGGCGCCGUGCCAAAACCGAAGACACGCGUGAGAUAUUCAAAACACGUGGUGGCACCACGGCGGGAAGCCACAUGAUUGAUGAGUUGGUCAGGGUCGGUGCGGGGGCAACUCACAUGGCCACACGCCUUGCCAACCAAUUUGUCAGUGACUGCACUGGGCCUGGCACAGAGCCGACGCCAGCUGUAGCAGCACUGCUUGCUUCGUCACAGCCGGGACGAAGCACUGAUGCAGAUGAUGCCGACAUGCAAUAUGAUGACUCCUGGCCGUGGGAUAUGAAUGAAAACCAGGACGAAGCAGCGGCUUUGCAGUAUCCAGCGCCACCAAAUGCUGACCCUGCUCAGCUAGUACCAGAGCCAGCAUCACCCCUAGCUACAGCCCCACCAGCUCCAGCCCCACCAGCUGCAGUCCUACCAGCUCCUGUGCCACCAGUGCCAACAGCCCGCCGUGAAAGGCGCACAAACGCAAGCCGGUUAUCCCGCUCAAGGGAUGAUGCUAUUGUACGGGACCUCCAGACCUCCUGUGCUACAAAUCAGAAGUUUACAACGGCGUACCACACUCACACCAACGGCCUCACAGAGCGUGCUAAUAGAACAACCAAGGACAUGCUGGCUAUGUUCCUGCCGACCAUCGUGACUAGGACGUCGCUCUGCCCUUCGUGA